CCCCGCCCCCUGCAGGCUCUCUCCGAGUGCACCAAGUUGUUUUGCUCUCCUUCCCCGGAAGACCCGGCUGAAAAUCCGGAAAAAGAAUCGGGAAACGCCAGGGGGCAUAUUGCGCUUGCGCACAGAGGGGCCGGAAGUCGAGGCGGGAGGCUUCCGUUUCUGGUUUUGCUCAAGUGUUUGGGUUUCUUCGCGGCCGCUGAAGAUGAACCGACUCUUCGGGAAAGCGAAACCCAAGGCUCCGCCGCCCAGCCUGACUGACUGCAUUGGCACGGUGGACAGCAGGGCAGAAUCCAUUGACAAGAAGAUUUCUCGAUUGGAUGCUGAGCUAGUGAAGUAUAAGGAUCAGAUCAAGAAGAUGAGAGAGGGUCCUGCAAAGAAUAUGGUCAAGCAGAAAGCCUUGCGAGUUUUAAAGCAAAAGCGGAUGUAUGAGCAGCAGCGGGACAAUCUCGCCCAACAGUCAUUCAACAUGGAACAAGCCAAUUAUACCAUCCAGUCAUUGAAGGACACCAAGACCACGGUUGAUGCUAUGAAACUGGGAGUAAAGGAAAUGAAGAAGGCAUACAAGCAAGUGAAGAUCGACCAGAUUGAGGAUUUACAAGACCAGCUAGAGGAUAUGAUGGAAGAUGCAAAUGAAAUCCAAGAAGCACUGAGUCGCAGUUAUGGCACCCCAGAACUGGAUGAAGAUGAUUUAGAAGCAGAGUUGGAUGCACUGGGUGAUGAGCUUCUGGCUGAUGAAGACAGUUCUUAUUUGGAUGAGGCAGCAUCUGCACCUGCAAUUCCAGAAGGUGUUCCCACUGACACAAAAAACAAGGAUGGAGUUCUGGUGGAUGAAUUUGGAUUGCCACAGAUCCCUGCUUCAUAGAUUUGCAUCAUUCAAGUAUAUCUUGUAAAACAAACACGUAUUACGGGACUAGGAAAUAUUUAUCUUUCCAAAUUUACCAUAACAGAUGUAGGUUUCUUUCCUUUCUUUGAAGGAAAGUUUAAUUACAUUGCUCUUUUAUUUUUUCCAUUAAGAGACUCAUUGCUUGGGAAAUGCUUUCUUUGUACUAAAAUUUUUUCUUAAGAAAAACAAACUCAGUUUAAAAGUAUCUUUAGCUCAUAUGACUUGUUUUCAUUCAAUAAUAAUAAUUUGAAAUAAAACUAAGGAAAUGGAAUCGUAAAAAUCUAUGACAGUGUAACUCUACAGUCUCAAAAUGACCUGAUAAAUUGAUAAGACAAAGAUGAGAUUAUUGGGGCUAUUCAUAUUAUGAUUCAGAAUCAUUUUCUAUUGUGGUAUUAUAGGUUGGUUAAAGUGAUGGCCUUUUUGAUGGGUUUUGUUGUGUCUUGUGAACAAGUUAUUACUGUGUCCAUUAUUGGAAUGGAAUUAUCACUACUGUAUCAUGAGUGGGUAUUUUGAUUCUAUGGUUCCCUCAGUGUUACAUGUUGACUUGUAAUCAAUAAUGAAUAUUUCUUGAUAUUUAAUGUAUAGGACAUUUAUUUAUACUCAAUAAAUAUUUUUCAAAAGGA